AUAACGGAGGAACGGAAAAACUGUUCUCAGAUAUGGUUACCAAACGUAGCCUUGACAUCACACCGUCCACGGGCGGCAUAGUUGAACGAAGUAGCGAGGCGGCAAUGGCCUAUCAUCUGAAAGUUAGAACCCAGCGGUGUGGACGAAGAAUCUCUCUGCAGUUCUUCUCCUCUUUGAAUUUUGUGGGUUUUCAGAGCUUCAACUGUCCUAUCAGACCUUUGGAUCCUCUAAGCUUUUGAGUUUUGACCUUUUUAACUCUUCUCUCUCAUGAAUUAUUACUGGAAAGAUCCCUCAUUUCCUUCUUAAAUAUCCAUUUUUUGUCACUUUUUCAUCUAGAAUCUCCUCUUCGCAUCGAAUUUUAAUGAGAUGCGGCUGAGACUCCUGGAUUUCGUUUUUCUGGUGAUCCUGUUAUCGUUAAUUCAGUCCGGAAUUACUGAUCGAGUCUCCGGAUCUAACUCUGGAGCUUAUGUUACUCUUCUCUAUGGAGAUGAAUUUGUACUCGGUGUUCGAGUUCUUGGCAAAUCAAUUCGAGACACUGGCUCCACUAAAGACAUGGUCGUUCUUGUCUCCGAUGGCGUUUCGGGUUACGCUAAAAUGCUCCUUAAGGCCGAUGGUUGGAUUGUGGAGACUAUAAGUUUAUUGGCUAACCCCAAUCAAGUACGGCCGACGAGGUUUUGGGGUGUUUAUACUAAACUUAAGAUAUUUAACUUGACAAACUAUGGAAAAGUUUUGUAUCUUGAUGCUGAUACUAUUGUGGUCAAGAGUAUUGAGGAUCUCUUUAAAUGUAGUAAGUUCUGUGCUAACUUAAAGCAUUCUGAAAGGUUAAAUUCUGGAGUCAUGGUAGUGGAGCCAUCCGAAACAGUUUUUAAUGAUCUGAUGAGCAAAGUGAGCACCCUACCUUCUUAUACUGGAGGGGAUCAGGGGUUUCUGAAUUCUUACUUUACUGGAUUUGCAAAUGCACAUAUUUUCGAGCCAAACUUGUCAUCUGAUGUGUCAAAUUCUAGACCAGUUCCUGAAAUGGAGCGGCUUUCUACCUUGUAUAAUGCAGAUGUUGGCUUAUAUAUGCUGGCCAAUAAGUGGAUGGUAGAUGAGAAAGAACUCCGGGUUAUUCACUACACACUUGGCCCCCUUAAACCAUGGGACUGGUGGACAGCAUGGCUCGUAAAACCUGUUGACCUUUGGCAGAAUGUUCGGGAACACCUUGAGGAAUCUCUUCCAGGAACAGGAGGGGGCAGGAACCCAAAGGACAAUAUUCUAGUCAAGUUUCUAGUUCUGCUUCCCCUAUUUGCUCUGCUUUUCUUUUAUUAUUGGUCUUUUCUUCAGAUACAGAAGGAUUUCUUUGGUGUAAUAUGUAAAAGCUCAAUGUGUAAUCUACUUAGACAUCUUUACUACAGAUAUAGAACUGGUGGUGGACUGUCUUAUUCAACUGUUGGUGUUUCAUCAUCAUCAAUCAUUGAUUCCAAUCAGCAGUUCUCUAAUGGAGCACAAUCCAAGAUACCUGCUUAUCUUGGUGGAGCCUCUGUUUUUGUCUGCUUCAUUUCUGCUGUGGUGUCCUUGGCACUUGCAGUUGCUGUUGUCCCUCGGCAGGUGAUGCCAUGGACAGGUUUGCUGCUGAUGUAUGAGUGGACAUUCACUAUCUUCUUUAUAUUGUUUGGAGGUUAUCUCCAUUUUAUUUAUCAAUGGGGAAAGAUGAUGGUAGCUCAAGCAGGAUGUUAUCCUUCUCACCCUGAGUCUUCUGACUAUGAUUCUGGAAAAGGUCAUCAACGGCAUGCAUCCACUUGUGAUGUUGCUACAUGGUAUUAUGGCUUAGGGAUGGCAUUUCUAGCUGUAGCUGCGCCUUCACUUCCAUGUCUUCUUGGGGUUACUGCACUGUUUGUGAGGUUAGGGUCGAUGGCUGUGGGAGGUAUUGUCUUAGCUUCUUUCAUGACAUACGCUUCAGAGCGCAUGGCGAUCAGAGCAUUCUUAAGAGGUCUUGAAGAUCGGGACAUGCCACAUCCAAGAAACUCAUGCUUCUGCUGACCUACAGUUUUGAAUUGACAUUGUAACCUUAUAGAAGCAUUCACUAAGAUCCCCCACCGCACCCCACUCCCCCCCCCCCCCACCCCUAAAAAAAAAAACAAAAAAAACAAAAAAAACAGAGAAAAAGAAAGUUGUACGCAGUAGUGCUGAGUGGCUGCACCAAAUUUGUAAGUUAUGUGAUUGAUUUUAUUUCUUUGUAGAAUAUUUUUGGGCAUUUUUGUGACAUUAGAAAUUAGUUUUACCCCAGGAUUCUGAUGUAUCGAUCUUUCAACAGGAUUAGUGUCAAUCAUCUUUAUUUGUAUUUCCACAUCAAAACAUUUUGUCAACCUUUUUGUGUAGCAUUCAGAAUUGGAUGUUUUUGUUGAGCACGGUUA